AACUAGAUGGUGAAGUCACGCAACUGGCUGAAAAUCACAGCCAAAUCUGUAUUCAAAUACUUUUCGUGUUUUCGUAGCAUGUACUUUUUAAUAGUAUUUUUUUAGAGAGAGAGUUUCAUGGUUUUACAAAGCAAUGAGGUAGCAAGAAUGCUCAAAAUAUCAAACAUUUUUUUAGAAUUGCCGCUAAUUGAGAACGGUAUGGACAUGGAUGACACAGCCACGGUAGCAUUGUAUUUGAUACGAAUGUUCAAGCCAGCCAACGUCGAAAGCUCCGCUGCCGUGAGCCAGCCCGGUCCUGUCGCGAGUUCCACACCGAAAGUUAAGAAGACAAUUUUAAAAAACAGAAACGUGAACUGUGUGGCUAACGAUAAUCUGGUACCAAUAGGAUUGGGACAUGCCAAAGUUCCAUCCCAAUUACUGAACAGCAUUCGUUGGACUCCAAAAACAUAUACGAGCGCCACACGAAAGCUAUUGAUGGCAGUGUUUCCACGAAGCGUGCUGGCAACCCAUUCUUUGACGGGUAAGGCUUCUCCAGCCUUCCAGUACAAGCCAGCUAAGGAGAAACUAAAUGCACAGCUUGUGGAUGACAUUGUGCAUACCGUGGUGUCGAAAUGUGGCGUUGCGGCAAAUCUUGUGCGCACUAGCAUCACAACAAAAUGUGCAGAUGAGAGCAAAAUGCAUCGCUCUCGUCUAAAGAAGCAGACUAACAGUCGAAAAAAUCUCGAGAAUAGGGCACUGCGAUCUACGUCAGAAUCUAAUUAAACUGGAGUCCACAACUGAAGAACGUCGUCGCGCCGCGGAAAUGUGAAACCGAAAGUCAGAAAGACAAUGUUAAAAAGUAGAAACGUGAACAUUAUGGAUAAUGA